AUGGCACCCGAACCCGAAGAUGAGAUCAAGGACGAGAAGAACCCUAGGCCUCUCGAUGAGGACGACAUUGCCCUUCUCAAAACCUACGGCUUGGGACCUUACUCUACUAGUAUAAAGAAAGUUGAGAAUGAAAUCAAGGAAAUGGCCAAGAAGAUUAACGAUUUAUGUGGUAUCAAGGAAUCUGAUACUGGUUUAGCUGCACCUAGCCAGUGGGAUCUUGUCUCCGAUAAACAAAUGAUGCAGGAGGAGCAGCCUCUUCAGGUUGCCAGAUGCACAAAGAUUAUCAGCCCAAAUACUGAAGAUGCCAAGUAUGUCAUAAAUGUUAAGCAAAUUGCCAAGUUUGUUGUUGGAUUGGGUGAUAAAGUUUCACCAACUGAUAUUGAAGAAGGAAUGCGAGUUGGUGUUGACCGGAAUAAAUAUCAAAUUCAGAUUCCCUUGCCUCCAAAAAUUGAUCCAAGUGUUACAAUGAUGACAGUAGAGGAAAAGCCAGAUGUCACAUAUAACGAUGUUGGAGGAUGUAAGGAGCAGAUUGAAAAAAUGAGAGAGGUUGUUGAGCUACCCAUGCUUCACCCUGAAAAAUUUGUAGCUGUGGCUAAUCGAACUGAUGCAUGUUUUAUUCGUGUUAUUGGAAGUGAACUUGUUCAGAAAUAUGUUGGCGAGGGAGCACGGAUGGUUCGUGAACUAUUUCAGAUGGCACGCUCCAAAAAAGCUUGUAUUGUGUUCUUUGAUGAAGUGGAUGCCAUUGGAGGUGCACGAUUUGAUGAUGGUGUGGGUGGAGACAAUGAGGUUCAACGCACCAUGCUUGAAAUUGUGAACCAGCUGGAUGGCUUUGAUGCUCGUGGGAAUAUUAAAGUUCUAAUGGCAACAAAUAGACCCGAUACGCUGGACCCAGCCCUGUUGCGUCCUGGACGGCUAGAUCGUAAGGUUGAGUUUGGACUGCCGGAUCUCGAAAGUAGGACGCAGAUAUUUAAGAUACAUACAAGAACUAUGAAUUGUGAAAGGGACAUUCGGUUUGAACUUCUGUCUCGGCUCUGCCCAAAUUCUACUGGAGCCGACAUAAGAAGUGUGUGCACAGAGGCUGGAAUGUAUGCUAUUCGAGCAAGAAGGAAGACUCUCACGGAGAAAGAUUUUCUAGAUGCUGUGAAUAAAGUUAUUAAAGGGUAUCAGAAAUUUAGUGCAACACCGAAGUAUAUGGUCUAUAAUUGA